UCCUCCCCUCUCCCGAGACAGACAGAUAACCCUAGACCCCAUCCCCAUCCCCAUCCCCUCUCGCCCCUCCUGCUCCUGAUCUCUAUAAAAGACCCGAAAUUUCGAAUUCUUCCGCCAACUUCCCCACCGCCGCGACUCCUCCCGCCCAUUUCACCCCCGGAUCCGCUCUCUUUUCGCCCGAUUCGUCACCGGAUCCACCGACCCGAUUUUUGCGCGGCCGGGGCAUGGCGGAGCCGACGCUGGAGGGGAGCGAGCCGGUGGAUCUGCUCAAACACCCCUCCGGUAUCAUCCCCACGCUACAGAAUAUCGUGUCGACGGUCAAUUUGGAUUGCAAAUUAGACCUCAAAGCAAUAGCUUUGCAAGCGCGCAAUGCAGAGUACAAUCCAAAGCGUUUUGCUGCAGUUAUCAUGAGAAUAAGAGAACCAAAAACUACAGCACUGAUAUUCGCGUCGGGUAAAAUGGUUUGUACGGGAGCAAAGAGUGAACAACAAUCCAAGCUCGCAGCAAGAAAGUAUGCUCGUAUAAUUCAGAAACUUGGUUUUCCAGCUAAAUUUAAGGACUUUAAGAUUCAGAAUAUCGUUGCCUCUUGUGAUGUCAAAUUUCCAAUUAGACUGGAGGGCCUUGCAUAUUCUCAUGGUGCUUUCUCAAGUUAUGAGCCUGAACUUUUUCCUGGCCUGAUCUAUCGAAUGAAGCAACCUAAGAUUGUUCUUCUGAUUUUUGUUUCUGGCAAGAUUGUCUUGACUGGAGCAAAGGUGAGAGAUGAGACAUACACUGCCUUUGAAAACAUAUAUCCUGUACUCACAGAGUUCAGAAAAGUUCAGCAAUGAUAACUUACUGAAGCCACAACCACAAGGUCCUUGAGAUUUUGCCCUCUUCUGAGCUGUGAUUGCUAACAUUUAACUGUACAUUUAGUCUGGAGGUGCCCAUAGCAUCGUUUAAUUUAUGGUGAGAGCACACACACAGUGUCGCGGUUGGGUGGCCAUGUCGUGGAAGCCUGAGAAAUCUUAUACGUUUGGUCUAUUGAUAAUAGAACUGUGUGCUUGUAGAGUUUGUCAUCACUGGUCCUAUUGGGUAGAGUUUAUGGGACCUGCGCAGAAGGCAGGCAAGGCAUGUGUUGCAUUUUCCACUAACGGGAACUCGGGAGAUGGGGCUUUAUUUCUGUUCCUCUGUGACGCGACAGUCUUUUCUGAGUAUUUGCAGUCAUCUGCACGGCGUUUGAAACCUUGUAUGCUGUACAAUGAUGAGAAGACCGACCUGACUGACUAUGUCCAGUUGCGCAAUCUGUAUGUACUUGCUAUACCUAUGUAAUCAAUUUUCUGUUCGUA